CCAGGUGGUUGUUGUCGAGCAUGGUUAGUUCCUCCAUCACCACUGAGGCGGCACCUCCUACGUCUUCCCUGGGGGAAGUGGUCGUCCUCCAACGUAGAUUACAUUAUCGUCGCAUGAUGUUCCUAAGUGUUGCCCUGCCAGCCGAGUCGGGCUGUUAUCAGUUCAAAACCGUCUUGUUGAAGUCGCCCACCCUCAACGACCACACUGAUGUUUGUGAGAACUACGCUGAAUUCUGCCACACUGUUCGACCUGGGGACUGUGUUCGGCUCGAGGGUUGGCCCGAGGAUGAGUCCAAGAAUGAGUGCAGCUUCGUGGUCAAUCGAUGGAAAAUGGUGGAGCCUGGUACUCGCGGUAAAAUGCAGAUGUUUGCUCUGGAAGAUUCUUGGCCGACUCGAGACGUCCCCUCCAUAAGGAUCCCCAACGUAGUGCUGCAGUGCCAAGUUGGUUAUGAAGAGCGUCUUGUUGAGUACAUCGAGCAUGAGUACGGUGGUAGCUGCCGUACCUCGUGGACGCCUUUAUGUGCGGUGGGAGAGCGAAUGCUUCUUAUAGGAGAAGACUCGAGGCUUCGAGACUGGCAAACCGUCUUGAACGAUGUGAAUUUAUGCCAUGUUUUGAAGAGGAUCUACACCAACCUCACUGAGGUCGCCACCAGUGUUGAGGGCGCCGCUGACCUACUACGUGAGAAAUGCCCGGCUGGUGCGGUAUUGCGGUUGCAGACUUUCCCCAGUCGAUAUCAAAAAAUCAUUGCUGAUUACCUCCCCGAGGGUAUGUGCCAUCCCAGAGACUACACUCAUGUAGCUCAAGUGGUCUAUAUCGACGGACUCUACCUCCUAGGAAUUUGCCAGCCAGAAGAGUGUUACAUUGGAAACAUAGUAGAGACAUCUAAUGGUCGGUUAACGGACAGUGUUUGUAAAGCCGAAUACAAAUUGGCUGAGGCAUUCAGACGAUUUGGUUAUGAAUUCGGCGAAAAAAGGGACGAAAUGACGGCCAUAGACGUGGGGGCCAGCCCGGGUGGUUGGAGUCGGUACCUCUAUAAUGAAGGUGUCGGCAGAAUCAUAGCCGUGGAUAAAGGCGAAGUUGAUUGUUCAAAAAGUGAUGGUAAAAUCGAGCAUUGGGAUAUGCUUGGUCAGGAGGCCAUUCAGAAGCUGCUAGAACACGAAGGCCAUAGGGAGUCACUCGAUGUCUACGUUUGUGACGCCAAUCUGCCACCACCUGAGAGCCUUGCGAUGUUGAGGCAGGCAAGUGAACUCAUCAAACCGGGAGCGUACGUGGUGGUGACGUUUAAGAAUCCGUACAAGAGGAAGGCGGAUUGGUACAAAGCCAAGGAGCUCAGCUUUGACGAUUUCUCUACCAUAUGUGAUCAUCCCACUGAAGUGCAUUUGCUGGCGAACACCCCAAAUGAGACCACAGUUGGUGGGCGGUGGAAGAAGCAACUCGACUGAUGACUUCAAUACACUUCCGUUUCUCUCUUCCUC